AGUUUUCUCGAAGCUCCGGCACGAGUAACAUGUUCUAAGCUGUGCCCUUCGGUGAAUUUUCCUUUCGUCUGAUCUCAAUUUCGGCGUGUUUGAGUCACAGAGUCCGAUUAGUUAAAGCAAUAAAUUAAGUCAGGGACUUUCGACCUUUUGUGUGUUAUUCGGGAGUGUAAUCGUUUUAAUAGAGGAAAUAAUUUGGAAGAAUUAACGUGACAUAUGGGAUUGUUAUUUGCGCCAGUUCGGGGUGUUUUUUUGAGGUAAAUACGCUGCCCUGCCAAAACCCUUAGUUUACUAACCGCAAUUUUUCGAAUUGUGCCCAAGGAAGAAAGUGUUUUAUGUAUCGAAUGUGAAUUGAUGGAAAUUUAUGGGAAUACCUCUGAGCUUUUGGUGUAUGUGGCUAUUUUUUUCACCUCAAGUGACCAGAGGCUAUAAAGAAGGGCGAGUUCCAUUUGGUAAAUGAAGACAUUCUGAGAUUUACUGCCGGUCAAUGACCAUCUAAAAAAAAAUUCCUGUCACGCAUUCAAUUAAAAUAAUUAGGAACAAAAUAUACCAGCAGGAUUUCUUUUUCGUGAGUGCUCUCAAGCAUCAAAUUUGUCAUCUAAUUUUGUCGCAUGAUUUAACACAAUAAAUGAGAUACUUACUAUUGGCAAAGUGGAUGGAGGCAUUGUAUUUUGCACCCACUCAGCAUGAGAUGUGAAUAGUGAAUUAAUUAAUUUCCUCCAGAAUUGUGUGGUUCUAUGUGCUUGGUGUGUCUUCUAUGAACAGUGAAUUGUGGUGUAAUAAUAAUUGUUUUGGAGCACAAUUAACUGGAAGAAGGUGUAAUAAAGGUGAGAGUUAAAGUUCACCCAGGUUCCAACCACCCUCCAAACUCUCAAUGUGAGAUAACAGUGAUUGUCUGGGAAUGAGCACCUAUUCAGGAUCUUCUGCCUCUCUUUAUGGCUAAUUUCACCGGGGAUAUGUAAAAGGAGCCACGGGGAAGCCGGUGAAAGACACUGAGGACAAGACGAGGGCAAUGCGUCACAGGAGGCCCUCGGGUGACUUCCUACUCUGUGGACUCCUCUCCUGGACAAUAAUGAUGAAUUUCCUUCCGAUGUGCUUGUGCCUCAAUCUCGAGGAAAGAAUGAAAGUUGUGGGCAAAGUGCUGAAGGAAGUGCCUUUAAUAGAUGGACACAACGACCUGCCAUGGAAUAUCCGAAAAUUUCUCAAGAAUCAACUCCGGGAGUUUCGGUUCGGUGAAGAUCUGAGACAAAUCGCUCCAUGGUCUACGAGUGUCUGGAGUCACACAGAUCUUCGGCGACUGAGGGAAGGGAUGGUGGCAGCUCAGUUCUGGUCCGCAUAUGUUCCAUGUUCCUCUCAGCACUUGGAUGCUGUUCAAUUGGCUCUGGAGCAAAUUGAUCUAAUUCGUCGUCUUGUGAGUCUGUACCCUCAGCAUAUGGCACUUGUUACGACAGCUAAGGGUAUCGAUGAGAGUCAUCAGGCUGGCAAAUUGGCAAGCUUAAUUGGUGUGGAGGGAGGUCACGCAAUUGGGACCAGUUUAGGAGUUCUCCGGAUGUUCUAUCAACUCGGUGCUCGAUAUUUAACCUUAACGCACACCUGCAAUACGCCAUGGGCUGAUUGCUGCAAAGUAGAUGAACCAGGGCGGGUUCCUCACAUUGGGGGUCUCUCUCAUUUUGGCACGCUUGUCGUCACAGAAAUGAAUCGGCUGGGGAUGAUGGUGGAUCUGUCUCAUGUGUCAGUGCCAACAAUGCUGGACGCUCUGGCCACAUCCAAAGCCCCCGUGAUAUUUUCCCACUCGUCAGCACAUGCAAUAUGCAAUAGUUCCAGAAAUGUCCCAGAUCACGUCCUCAAACGAAUCGCGGUUAAUGGUGGACUAGUGAUGGUGGCCUUCUAUCCCCACUUCAUUAGUUGCGCGGAGAGUGCCACCCUCAGGGAUGUUGUAGCUCACAUAAAUCACAUUCGGGACGUAGCUGGUGUGGACCAUGUGGGAAUAGGAGCAGGAUACGAUGGUGUCAAUUUAGUACCAAAGGGGUUGGAGGACGUAUCGAGGUAUCCGCAUCUCUUGGCCGAGUUGCUGGAAUCGGAGAAGUGGACUGAAGAGGAUAUUGGGAAAUUGGCUGGAAGAAACCUAAUCAGGGUGUUUCGCCAAGUUGAACAGGUCAGAGAUCAAUUGGAGGCUCAGGGCAUGCCACCGGUGGAUCAAUCAAUACCGCCAGAGGACAUCCUGGGACGGUCAUACUGUCGCUACUCUGGCCCCCGGACGUGAUGGUAAAUGUACCCCUGAGGGUGACUUCAGCCAACAAUAUCAUGAACAAAAUCCCUAUCUUCAGAACAUAUUGUGAUUUAAUUUAAUCUGAGUCGAUCAACGGACGACAAUUGUCGCAACAUAUAAUAUGGCACAUUUAUUUGCCAAAAAAAAACAAAAACAAGGGAAAAUUGCUCCCAACAGAGAGGAAAAAUUUCAAUACAAUCGAGUUUCAAAAGAGAAAAUAUAGAUAAAUUUGUAACAUGA